GACUGGAUGACUAAAAUGAACUUUUUCGAAUUCAUUUUCGAUUUUCUUGUGAAAAACAGCGACAAAACCGAAGGCGACGCUGCUCAAUUGAUAAUCGAAGUGAAAACGGUCAUUGACUGUCUGACGCCGCUGAAGCUGACGUUAGAAACCAUGUCCAUGGAACAGAUCACGAUGGCCUCCUUGAUACGACCAUUGACUUCUCAGCUCUUACACCUGCAUUUUACACUGAAUGACGGUGCAACGGACUUGGAGAAUGAGUUCAAUGCAAUCAUCCACAAAGAGCUGAAAAACACACAAUCCCCGGCGUCCAGUUUCCUGAUGCAAUCAUCGUUUCUGGAUCCCCGUUUUCAGAGUUUACAAAGUGCGGAAGACGUGGCUACGAUUAAAUGUGCACUGAAGAAAUUGAACGAUGCCGAUCCCGAUGUUCGGGAUCCGUUGUUCAUCAAAAAGGAAAAAUCAGUCGCAGUGUCCUCACCAGUCAACAAACAAAAGUCAGUUGGACUCAAGUUUUUCUUCAGCAACAAGGAACAGAAGGCGACACCCAACAAUGCAUAGAUCGAUUUGACAUGGAGUUCAACAGCUACAAUGCAAACGCCGAUGGAAACCUGGACCAACUGGUGCAGUUGUGGUGGAAGGAGUCGGCGUUACUGUAUCCGAUCCGAAUCUAAAGAAAAUCGCGAAUCGUUUCAACUGCGUCCUGCUUAGCGUCCAAAAAUGCGAACCAAUUUUACAGAAGCAAAUUGCCUACUUCGAAAAACGAGCCAUGUGCAGCGGUAAUUCAGUUGACUGUCUGUUAUGGCUGCAUCAAAACCGAAUGAAUUAUUAAAUUGAGAUAUUU